AUGCAGCACAUAACAAUAGACCCAAAGAAGGUGCAGCCGCCGACCCGCGACGGUACUGCGAAAGAUACACCGGAGCACCUGCCAGUCGCCAAAGCCAGCAACACCCACCCGACCAAGCCUGGUGGAGAGAAUGCGUCAAUCUAUUUCGUAGGGACGGCUACUACUAUCAUAGAAUGGCAAGGGGUCAGGAUCAUGACGGAUCCAAAUUUCCUCCACGCUGGCGACCAUGUCCAUCUGGGUCCCGGCGUCACAUCAGCACGCAGGACGAAUCCCGCGGUGGACCUGCACGAGUUGCCGCGGAUCGAUCUGGUGCUGUUGUCGCAUUAUCAUGGCGACCAUUUCGACCAACACGUCGAAGCAUCUCUGCGGCGCAAUCUUCCAAUCGUGACCACUGGCCACGCCAAGAAGAUUUUGACCUCGAAAGGGCCGGAGUCUUUCACAAGCAUAUACGACCUCGAGCCGUUUCAACAGAUGAUGAUAAACAUUGCCUCGGAGACCGAGCAGGCGCACACGCCCAGUCUACGAGUUACCGGUAUGCCGGGCAAGCAUAUCCCUAUGGCAAAACCGGUUGAGAAACUUAACGAGUUGGUCGGCGCGAUCCCCCCAACAAACGGCUGGAUAGUCGAACUCGGUCACGGUAAAGACGCCUCUUCAUUCAAGCCUGGCUACCGCAUCUACAUAUCUGGGGAUACCCUGAUGUUCGACGAGCUGAAGGAGAUCCCCAAGCGAUACGGCGAGCAUAAUAUUGACUUGAUGCUGAUCCAUCUCGGCGGGACGACUGUGCCGUCGCCGGCAAUGUCCCCGUUAACCCUGAUGGUGACCAUGGACGGGAAGCAGGGGGUGGAGUUGAUGCAGCUGGUAAAGCCGGAUGUAACGAUUCCGAUCCAUUACGAUGACUACGAUGUCUUUGCGAGUCCGCUGAGUGAUUUUAAAGAGCAGGUCGAGAAGGCUGGACUUGGGGGCGGGGUUGUGUAUCUGGACCGAGGGGAGGAGUAUCGGUUUGCCGUGAGGGAUUAG